GACGAGGAGCACCAGCAGAAUGUGGCAGCAGCAGCAGGGGGGGCCAGGCCCCGGCCCCAGGGCGAGGAGCGAGCGGAGGGGAUGCCCCGGCGCCGCAGGAACAUGGGCAGCAGGCUGAUGGCCCAGAGGAGAGCCCAGCAGGCAGAGGAGUGGCUGGAAGAGGAAGAGGAUGCUGAAGAGGUGCCAGAAUUUCAGGUGUCUGGGAAAAUUGGAGCAAAGAAGCAGAGGAAAUUAGAAGAGAAACAAGCCAGGAAAGCACAGAGAGAGGCUGAAGAAGCAGAGAGGGAAGAACGGAGAAAGCUCGAGUCGAAACGAGAGGAGGAAAGGCGGAGAGAGGAGGAGAGGAUUCGUCUGGAGGAGGAACGACAGGAGGAGGAAAAAAGGAAGGCAAAGGAAGAAGAGGAGAAGAGAGAAUAUGAAGAGUACCUGAAGCUGAAGGAAAGUUUUGUAGUUGAAGAGGAAGGAGUUGAAGAAGCAAUGACAGAGGAACAGUCUCGCAGCUUUCUUAUGGAAUUCCUGGAAUAUGUUAAGAAAACAAAGGUUAUCCAGCUGGAGGACUUGGCUUCACAUCUGGGUUUAAGGACACAGGAUGCAAUUAACAGAAUCCAGGACCUGAUGGCAGAUGGUACCCUGACAGGUGUGAUUGAUGACAGAGGGAAGUUCAUCUACAUCACUGCAGAGGAGAUGGCAGCCGUGGCUCAGUACAUCAAGCGGCGAGGCCGGGUCUCCAUUGCAGAGCUGGCCCAGGCCAGCAACUCCCUCAUCAACCUGCAGCCUGACAGCAGAGCUGUGCCUCCAGCCAUGGCCUGAGAGGAGCACUGCAGGGCUUUGACCUCUUCAGGAGUAAACCCUCAUUGAAAGCAAACAAGAACCUCCCCUGUGCCUGAAGGUAGGAUGCUCUUCUGAAGCAUCAGCUGCAAACUCAGAAGUUUUGCUUUUCCUUCUGCUGGAACUGGUGUUAAAUGGUAGAGCUCAGUACAGGAGACUGGUCAGCAGCUCUAACACUGGUGCACCUGUAGCCCAGGAAGAUCAGUAAUUUAUCCCUUGACAGCCAGUCUCAUGUUGCUAUAAACAAAUUUUUUAUUGUUUGCAGAUUCUGAUAUAUGUGUCCAGGUUUGCUCUGCAUUAUGGAGCUGUUUAACUUGGUGGUGGACACAGCCAUGGGUGUGUAGGUUUUGGCUGCUGUACCCAGAUUGGAAGGAAAGAGCAAAAAGAAAAUUUGUCUUUGUUCUUGCUGAAAUAAAUCCUGAAACUCUGGAAAGAAUGGUUGCUCUGUUAAAACUUCCAGGGGCUAUUUCAGGAAACUUUUGCUAUAUAAAUAUGUUUAUAUAUUGAUUUAUGUAAUUUCAAGUUUACUUGCAGACAAGCUGCAUCAUUUCCCUCCCUGUAGCCAAGAGACAGAAACCCCUCCAGGGAAGGGCUGACUGGGCUCAUUCAUUGUGCAGGCCUGUCCUGCUGAUACCAAGCAGAUCCUGGUGAUUCAUCCUUUGAAGUCAGAGCCAGCUCAGAGUGUCUGAAGGCCUCAGACACUCCCACCCUGUGGCCUCUGUGUUCUGCAGGUUUGGGGGUUUUUAAAUAAAAACUUCAGACACUCUGAGUCAUGCAGUUAAUGUUCCAACUUAAUGAUUAUUAAUGAAUUAAUUGUACAGGUCAGUGUAUUUCCUGCAUAAGAAUAUUUAUUUUUGAAUCAUUCGUUCGUUCUCCUUUCUGAAAUCAGCAGAAUUUAUGUGAAUAAGCAGUAAUUGGGAAGGACAAGAGGUUUUGUCUCUGCCAAACUUAGAAAGAACUUGAGCAGACUAAAAGCCACGUUAUGAGUGGGAUGAGACAGCAAUAAAACAAUGGAAGGAAACAUUCCCUGUUAAUCUCUGCACUGCUGCUGGAUGUGAGAGUGCAGGAGAGGGGAGUUCCACCAGCACCACGUGUUGGUGUGAAAGAUCAGCACAUCCUCAGUGUCCAGCCACAGCCAGCAAAGAGCUUAGUUCACAUCUCAGGCUUGUGAAGUCUCUUACUUACAGUUGCAUUUUAAAUUUUUAAAAAGUAUUUGGGUCUGCCAUUAUAUUUUUUUGUUCUGUCUUAAACUACUCUUGUAAUAAAAUCAACAAUAUUGAAAGAGCAGAGGUUUGUGUUAGAAGUGGGCAGGGACAGGGUUGGGGUAAGACAUGGCUGUGAUCCUCUCCUACCAUUCCAUCCCUGUUUUUACCCAGCUGCAUUCUCUCAGCACUCAGGAAAACUCAUUUUUUAUCUCCUUUUGGGGUGCUUUGUUGUGAAUUGUGAGGCUGUGGAUUUACAUGAGCCAGGAGAAAAUAAUAUAGAUAACAAAAAACAUGAGUGGAGUUUCUAACUGUGCUGAAAACUGCUGUGGAACAAUCUGCUCUGCCUUGAAGGAAUUGUUGCACUUCUCUGAGUUUGCUGAGUGGCUGCAGGAGGUGAGGCCAGGUGGGUGUUGGUGCCCUGGGGAACAGCCACCACUAUUCAACUGCAGCUCAGUUUUCUAUUAAAGGAAUGUUUUGGUAUUUUCUAGGAAUUCACUUCCAAAGUCCCAGGAGGCAGUUGAAAGUCUGGAACACAAUUUCAGGCCAUUUGUUUGGAUGGUUUAUAAAUGAGGCAAUUCAAGUCUAAGCUGCUGUUUCACUCUGUGUCUGUGGAAGUGGAGGGGGAAGAAAUUCAGGGCUGUGCCCCUAAAAUUACCUCACUGGCUGAAUUCCAAGCACACAUUUAAUGCAUCCCAAAGAGACACCUAAUGGGCAGAGAGUUGUUCUGGGGGCACUGGGAUGCUCUCCUCUCCUAAUACCCAAUAAACCCCAGUGUUUAGAUAAUAAACUUCAUCUCCCCCCAGCUGGAGAGGGACUGGGGACAAGGGAUGGAGGGACAGGACACAGGGAAUGGCUCCCACUGCCAGA